UCUGGCAGGAGGAAGGUGGCGACCGAGGCGUGCGGCUGGGAUUGCCGCUGGCGGCGGCUGCUGCGGAGGGCUGUCUCCGGACUGUCGGCGCCGCCUUUGCCUCCGCCGCUCCCGCCCGCGCUCUGCAGGAUGGGACUCCCGCAGCCGCUGGAGCGCGUCUGCUGCAAUGGGCAGCCCUAGCGCUGAGCGGGGCGUGUGACAGCAGCGGCGGAGCCGGGCUUGGCGGCGCGCGUGCGGAGAGGAGAGCCGGAGGGAGCUUGCAUCCAGGGCCCUUGCUCCACUGCCCAUGAAGAGGAAUGAUGACGACUCCAUGAGGGGACUUCCUUGCCGUUGCUUCCUCCCGUUGUCAUGGUUCUUGUGGCACCCAGCCGCUUGCUUAGGGUGGGAAUUUCUCUGGGAAAGAGAUGCCUGCCUCAUGCUUCCUGAGCAUCCUUCCAACUUCCCCCCUCAUCCGUUGUUUUUGCUAGACUGAUACACACAAACUCUUAGCAAGCCUGUCUUAAGAUUUGCUGCUGCUGGACUUGACUUGUAGACUGUAUUGAUAUUUUCAUCGGCAUGGCUUCAGUGUGGAAAAGGCUGCAGCGUGUUGGGAAACAUGCCUCCAAGUUCCAGUUUGUGGCCUCUUACCAGGAGUUGAUGGUUGAGUGCACCAAGAAAUGGCAGCCGGAUAAAUUGGUAGUGGUUUGGACAAGAAGAAGUAGAAGGAAGUCUUCUAAGGCUCAUAGCUGGCAGCCAGGAAUAAAAAAUCCAUACCGUGGUGUGGUUGUUUGGCCUGUUCCUGAGAACAUCGAAAUCACUGUGACACUUUUUAAGGAUCCCCAUGCUGAGGAAUUUGAAGACAAAGAAUGGACGUUUGUCAUAGAAAAUGAAUCUCCUUCUGGACGCCGCAAAGCUCUUGCCACCAGCAAUAUUAAUAUGAAGCAAUAUGCCAGUCCCAUGCCAACUCAAACUGAUGUCAAGUUAAAAUUCAAGCCUUUGUCUAAGAAAGUUGUGUCUGCCACCUUGCAGUUCUCUUUAUCAUGCAUUUUCCUAAGGGAAGGGAAAGCAACGGAUGAAGACAUGCAAAGCCUCGCUAGUCUGAUGAGUAUGAAGCAGGCAGACAUUGGGAAUUUAGAUGAUUUUGAAGAAGAUAAUGAAGAUGAUGAAGAAAACAGAGUGAAUCAGGAGGAAAAGGCUGCAAAAAUUACAGAAAUUGUAAACCAGUUGAAUGCUCUGAGCAGCUUAGAUGAAGAGCAAGAGGACUGCACAAAGCAUAUGCUUUCAGCUAAAUCAGCCAGUUCCUCUGAAGAACUUAUCAACAAGCUUAAUUUCCUGGAUGAAGAAGAUCAAGGCCUGGCCGAUUCCAGCUCAUAUCCAUUUGCAGAUCCUGACAGAACAGAACUAAACCCCUUUGGAGACCUUGAAAUAGAAGUGCCAAAUAUCAAGAUGGCAUCGUCUUCCAAACAGGAAGGCUCAUUCUAUGAUGAGGAUAAUGAAUAUAACCCUUUUAAAGAAGAGGAACCUGCUGAAUAUGUGAACCCUUUUGAUGAGCCAGAUCCUGAACCUGAAAGUCCAGCACCCAUCAAGGACUUCCCUCCCCAGCCAGCAAAAAGAAAAAAUGUACGACCUGUGGACAUGAGCAAAUACCUCUAUGCUGAUACAUCAAAAACAGAUGAUGAAGAAUUAGAUGAAUCAAACCCAUUUUAUGAACCCAAAUCAAGCUCUGCUUUAAAUAAUCAAGUUACUUCAAUGCAAGAAACAGAAAGGAAGAUGAAAAGAAGAGCUCCUGAGCCACCAGUCCUUUCACCAAAGACAGAAAUGGCAACAAGCGAGAACACGUCAGCUAUUCAGGCCGCGAAAGAGCUUUCCUCUUCUCCUAAGUCAAGUCCAAUACCAAGUCCUGUUUUGGGGAGGAAGCCAAACGCUAGUCAGUCACUACUUGCUUGGUGCAAAGAAGUUACAAAAAACUAUAGGGGAGUAAAAAUCACCAAUUUCACUACAUCCUGGCGAAAUGGAUUGUCUUUCUGUGCAAUAUUGCAUCACUUUAGGCCUGAUCUAAUUGACUACAAGUCCCUGAAUCCUCAAGAUAUUAAAGAGAACAACAAAAAGGCCUAUGAUGGAUUUGCCAGUUUAGGAAUAUCCCGACUUCUAGAACCUUCUGACAUGGUUUUGUUAGCGAUCCCUGACAAACUGACGGUGAUGACCUAUCUUUAUCAAAUACGAGCCCAUUUCAGUGGUCAAGAGCUAAAUGUGGUUCAGAUUGAGGAGAACAGUAGUAAAAGCACAUACAAAGUGGGCAACUAUGAAACGGACCCAAACAGUUCUGUUGACCAGGAAAAGUUCUAUGCAGAACUCCAUGACUUGAAGCGGGAGCCAGAACUGCAACAGCCUGAAGAGAGUUUGGCAGAUUUUGUUCUUCAGGAUGAAUCCGUAUUUAUAAAUAACAACAGAGUUGGGGAGUCAGAAAGUGAUCAUCAGGCACCAGAUAUUUACCUUAGCCCAGGCGUGGCUCCCCCUUCAUCUCACAGGACUAAAAGCAAUGGAGAUCAACAAAACAUUCAACAGAGCUUGAGAAGGACUUUGCGGUUUGAGGAAGCUGAGAAAAGCAGUAUGGUACAGGCACAGCCUCUGUUGGGGAGGAAGAAACUGCUCAAAGCAGACACUUUAGAUCUGAGUGAUUUGGCACAAGAAAGUAGUCCAAAGAGGGAUGCAUUUCUAUUGCCACGUGAGGACACUGAAAAGAAAGGGCACCAGAAUUCAGACAGUACCAUUAAUUCUGCACUGGAAAAACAGGGGCAUCCCAGCCUUAAAGAAGACUUAAAAUCUAAUGCCGAAUCACAUUUUGAAACAACAAACUUGGACAAGGGAGAUAAACUUGGAUACUCCUACAAUAGAGAUGCAGAUGUUGAUCAAAAGACCCAUGUGUCUCAGAGGGAAAUGGAGGCGGAUUCAGAACUUGAUACCAAAACAACUGCAAAUCAGAUUGAUCUGACCUCAAAAACUGCACAGCAACGAAUGUUAUCAAGACAGGAAGAACUAAAAGAACGGGCAAGAGUUCUGCUUGAACAAGCGAGGAGAGAUGCGGCUCUGAAGGCAGGGAAUAGGCACCUCUCCAGUGCAACCACCACGGGCCGCUCGAAGCAACUGAGUGAUCAGCAAGAUGAAGAGCGGCGUCGGCAGCUGAGAGAGAGAGCUCGCCAGCUAAUAGCAGAAGCUCGAUCUGGAGUGAAGGUGUCAGAACUUCCGAGCUACAGUGAAAUGGCUGCAGAAAAGUUGAAAGAAAGGUCAAAGGCAUCUGGAGCUGAACAGAACAGCAAGUUGGUGGAUUUGAAAUUGAAGAAGCUCUUAGAAGCUCAGCCACAGGUGGCAAAUUCAUUCUCCAGCGUUGCUCAGAAGUCAGUUGCUGAUAGCACAGAGCAAGAGUUUAAGAAUGAGGUGGAAGACCCUCGUGCUGAGCGAUUACAAAAAGCAACAGAACGUUUUAGAAAUCCUGUUGUAUUCAGCAAGGACUCCACAGUCAGGAAAACACAGCUCCAGUCAUUCAGUCAAUAUGUUGAAAACAGACCAGAGAUGAAAAGGCAGAGAUCAAUACAGGAAGAUACAAAGAGAGGAAAUGAGGAGAAGGCAGCGAUAACUGAAACUCAGAGGAAGCCAUCAGAAGAUGAAGUGCUUAAUAAAGGGUUCAAAGACACCAGUCAGUAUGUUGUAGGAGAAUUGGCAGCACUAGAGAAUGAGCAAAAGCAAAUUGACACCCGUGCCGCGCUGGUGGAGAAGCGCCUUCGCUAUCUCAUGGACACAGGGAGAAACACAGAAGAAGAAGAAGCCAUGAUGCAAGAAUGGUUCAUGCUGGUCAACAAGAAAAAUGCCUUGAUCAGGAGGAUGAACCAGCUGUCUCUGCUGGAGAAAGAACAUGACCUAGAAAGGCGAUACGAAUUGCUGAACCGAGAGUUAAGAGCAAUGCUUGCCAUUGAAGACUGGCAAAAGACUGAAGCCCAAAAGAGGCGAGAACAGCUGUUGCUGGAUGAACUUGUUAUUCUCGUUAAUAAGCGUGAUGCGCUGGUCAGAGACUUAGAUGCUCAAGAAAAACAGGCUGAAGAAGAAGAUGAGCAUUUGGAAAGGACUCUUGAGCAAAACAAAGGAAAGAUGGUCAAGAAAGAAGAGAAAUGCGUCCUUCAGUAACAGGCCGUCAGGAGCACAGUCAUGUUUUGUAGCCUAACCCUUCCUAUAUUUUGGAAAUGCAGGAACCAAGAUUGGGGGGGGGGCAUGAAUAAUACAUCAGAAAAUGUCAAACUUUCCAUUUUGCUAGACCAGCUACACUGAGGAUUAUUUUAUUUCAUGACCACUACCACCCCUUUUCCAUUCAAGCAAUGAUUGUUUUAAAAUUGGGAUUUACUUGUGAGCUUAGACAAUUUUAAAAUUAUUUUAAAGAAAUGUAUUGUGGGAACAUCAGAGAGGGGGGAAAUCAAAAGAAUUUUUAAAUAAUAGCAUUGUGUAGAGGAGGAACAAAAAGAAGCAAUUAUUCUGACUUUUUUUCGUGUAGUCCUGCCAUGUGUAAUAUUAAAUAUGCUACCUAAAAUUUUAUAGUUAGAUCAUACUCAGACCAUGUAUUAAAAUGUACUUUAUUUACCAAUGUUUAUUUCAGCAGCGGUUUUACAUUUUUCUUAUAAGUAUUAAUAACAAAGCUUUUUGGUUUGCUCAGAGGGCAGCUUUUUAACCCCAUAGCUUGCAAGAGCCCUUGUUGAUCUAAAGAAGUUAUUGUCAUGAUAAGGCUAACUGAAGUGUGAUCAGUUUACAAAAACAUUUCUUCUUUAGGGGGAAUCCAUUUUUUUUAAAAAAAGGAAAAAUUAUUUAUUUACUACCUAAGUUUAGCUCCCUGUUCUCCAUCCUAUUGAACCUCUGCAGUCUGGCUCCAUAAUGCUGUUAAUAUUUAUUCUGUACCUUUCAGGAGCCUCUCUUGCCAUUGUUUCUAAAAUUCCCUUGCAAGGUAAUAUUUCCUUCUCUAGCAUCCUGCUCAUUUUUUUGUGUGGGAACUGUUACUUUUUAUUUAUUACAAUACUGAGUCAUGUAUAAAAUUUUCAAUAAAGCUGGAUCUUUCUUACCAUUA